UCCUAUUUACUAGAAGAAGAAGAAGAAAAAAAAUGGAUGCAUGAACCUACGCAAGAACAAGAUCCAUCAGUGUCCACGUGUCUUACUCACGUAGAAGCCGUAUUACAUUUUCCUGUUCAUCGCUUUUCAGCAGAUCCGCUCCGUCUCCUUCCUCCAAAAAAACCCCCAAUUUCAACCCCAAAACCCUAACCCUAACUUCUUCCUCCAUUAAUGGCGAUCGCGACCUUUCUAGUCCUCCUCCUGUUCUCUCUCCCCUUUGCAUCCUCGAUAGAGCAAGAGCAACCACAGAAUCAGCAACAGGAACAGCAAAUUCAGCAGCAAGAUCAAGUCUUUUCUCUCCUCGAACGCCACGAAGCUCAGCUCAACCGACUCGAAACGCUAAUCGAGUCCCUAUCGAAGUCCGUCUCCGUCCUCGAAUCAUCUCUCUCCUCGAGAUCCGUACCCUCGAUCGCAUCGCCUCACUCGAUCGCAUCCGCCAGGCUGAAGCCCUUGUUCUCGGAAAAGUUCGUUUUUUCCGCCGUCGCCCGCCUCGAAUCGGAACCCUCGUGCGCCGCCACGCUACCGUACGCCGACGCCACAGGCGUUUCCAAGUACUUCGCCGUCGGCGAUCCACGUGGCGUCACCUACGUGCUUUCUUCUGUCGGCGAGGUCGUUCUCGAGGUUCCCGCCGUCUCGGACUCUCCGGUGACUGCGAUCCUUUCGUAUGCUUCGGCUUCCAGAAAGAACGAGAGUCUUCUCUUCACUGGUCACGCUGAUGGAUCGAUCGCGGCUCAUAAGGUCUCGGAGUCGAACGUUGGAGGUCUGCUGAGGUUGGUUAUGGUUGGGUCUCGGCCGUUUGUUCGGGGGAGCCGAGAUCUCGAUUCGCCGCCGGUGGUUGUUCUUGAGCUGCACCAGAUUGGGAGGACGAGGUACAUUGUUGUUGCUGAUGGUGGUGGGAGAAUUAGGGUUUUUACGGAGAAUGCUGGGACUUUGUAUGGGACGGCAAUCACAUCGUCUAGGCCGCUGGCCUUCAUGAAGCAGAGGCUACUGUUCUUGACGGAGACUGGUGCUGGAUCACUGGACCUCAGGUCGAUGGUGAUCAAAGAGAGCGAGUGUGAGGGUUUGAAUGGUUCACUUGCCAAAGGUUAUGUUUUUGAUGGGUCUGAAAGGGCCAAGGCAUACGGUUUCACUUUGGAAGGUGACCUUAUCCAUGUUGUACUCUUGGGGGAUACCGGCAACCUCAAGUGUAGGGUUCGUUCCAUCCGGAAGUCUGAGAUUGAUAGUGGACCUGUUUCGAUACAGGCAAUCAGAGGGUACCUUCUUGCUGUAACUCAAGACAAGAUCUAUGUGUACAACGUCUCUUCUCAGUAUUAUGGCAGAGUUGGAGCACCUCGGCCUCUGUUUCUUUCCACCUUCCAAGAGAUCAGGUCAACGUUCUUGAAUACUGAUUCUAUAACUGAUGGGUUCUCAUCGCCAAACCCUCUCAUUGCUACAGAUCGUGAAAAGCUUGUAGUGUUGGGGCUCGGUGGUGGGUAUAUUGGUAUAUACCGGUCAAACUUCCCAGUGUUCAAGUCUGAGAGCAAUGCUGUGUUUUGGACUGUCCCUCUUCUCCUCUUUCUCUUGUUUUUAAUUGGAAUUUGGCAGUUCUAUGUAAAGAAGAAGGAUUCCCUUGGUUGGACACCUGAGGAGGCUUUCAAUCCCACCACUGCAUCAUCUGGGAGCCUUUUGGUUCCUGGUCCUGGUGAGAGAGCAUUCGGGGAUGUAUCACGAGGUGGUGACUUUCGGGAACUAAGAGGAAGUGGCCUCAGAGGCCCUUCUAGAACUUCUAGGUAUGCUGGAGGAUCUUCAAUUCCAUUUAGGCCUUCUUCUUCAGAUGCUGCUUUUAGGGGCACUGCAGAUUUGAAAUAUAGAGCGCAGAAUCUCGACACUCCUCCUGGCUUCCCUGCAAGAAGAGAACCCUUGUUUCCAAAUGCCCAAGUUGUAGAUGAACACGUCGAUUGAGUUUUCUAAUGCACUUUGAGGUCUUCCACCAUUCGAUCUUUGGUUGGCCUAGCAUGCCUUCGUUGGGGGUUCUAUGCUUCUGAUGGAUUUUGUUGUAAUUUUAGAAACACUGUAAGAGAAUUCACUGUAACACUUCUGAACUGUGAAGCAAGAUAGAGAUGAUAUGGAUUAGCUCAUUUUGUAUUAUUUAACACUUGCCAAGGUAAUGUUAUGGACCACAACAUGAAUUAAGGGAUUCUUUUAACUUAUU